AUGUUUAGCGAAAAAUUGGAAAAAAUAGAGCAAUUUUCAACAAUUAGAUAUAGUGAUGUAUUCGCGGAUCAAAUGAAAACAUUGAACUUGCUAGAGAUGAAUUAUAAUAUUUUCCAGCAAAAACUUGGGGAAUUACAAGAAGCAUACAAAGAAUUGGAUGAAUAUGAAAUGAAAUACAAUGAAUUAAUUUCUUCUUCAUCUUCAGUUGACCAAUUAAUGUUACAAAUCAUUAAAAUGACAAUAAAACAUAUUGACAAGUGUCAUAAAGAAUAUUUGAAUAAAAAUAACAAAAAUAGCAACUUUGGUAAAAAAAGUUUUAUGAUCUUUGAAGAAUUUUAUGAAAAGUUCAUUUAUCUCUUAAAAAUUUUUGGUAAUUGGAUAAAGAGUAUUAUAUAUAAAUUUGAUGAAUUAUUCUUUAAUAAAAGUUCGCCUCCACCUCCACCAUCAAAAAGACAGAGUAUAUCUUCAAUAAAGCCACUUCAUAUAAAGUUAUUUAAAGAAAAUUUGAAGCAUCAUAGAAAUUACUCGAAUUCUUCAACAUCAACUACUCCAAUAACCACAGCGACGACCGCAUCAUUUUCAUUUUCAUCUUUAGAUGAUGAUUCUUUGCUUACGCCUACAACAACAGUAGAUAACGAUUUUUUGAAUGACUACGAUGGUUGCGAUAAUGAUUACGACGAUGAAAUUAUUUCACAAAAUAUAUUUUAUGUUGACAUUGUUCUACAAUCAUUAAAAUUGGAAUAUUUAUUAAAUUUAAGAUUUUAUAAAAUAUUUGUUGAUCAAAUGCUAUUCCUACAAAAUUUAGAUUUAGGCCAGAAUAAUAACCAUUCAUUCACGAGUCUAAUAGAUGAUAUAACGGAAGGUUACAGGACGAUAAUUGAUUCAUUUGAAUCGUUGGAAGACAAAAUUUCCUGCGAAAAAUGUCUCACGGAUCAAGAAAGUGAUUCUAGUUUUGUCAAAAAUAUUUUUCAUAGAAAUAAAUUAGAUAAACUAAAAUAUUCCAAGUUAACUUCUGAAUUCGUUGGUUUCACGCCUGCUGAUUGGUAUCUGAUGGUAUUGAUAGAUGUGACUGGAAAAUAUAUAAAUGACAAAAUAGAUAGUUACUUGAUUUUAGAUGAGAGUGGUAGUUUCUCCUCUCAAGUAGAAGAAAUUAAAGAUUUAUUUAAUGAGAUAGAAAGAUUAAAUUAUCUAAUUAAAGAUUAA